CUGACUUACAGGUGCCUGUUUCGGAUGUGGUGUAAAAUGUAGCUCUGAUAAAGACCGUUUUGUUAUUCGAAGUGCUGGUUUGUUCUGCUGAGCUCCGGUUUUGAGUCCGGUAGACGGGAAGCGUCUGUCAGCGGUGUUUUAGGUUACUGUAGCCGGGCAGGGACACGGGAGCCGCCAUGUUGCUGUGUGAAGGGGCCCUAGCGUGACCUCCAGCAGAAGAAGUGUUGUGGUGCCGGUGACUGCAGAGAACGUGCUCAUUUAUGAUAUCGGAACGUAAAGCCACGUUGUCAAGAGUUGAGGAGCGCACGCUUUUACUGGAAAAAUGGGUGUGAUAGGUGUGCAGCUGGUUGUUACCAUGGUAAUGGCCAGUGUCAUUCAGAAGAUCAUUCCGCAUUAUUCUUUGGCUCGUUGGCUUCUCUGCAAUGGCAGUUUGAAUUGGUAUCAGCAUCCAACAGAAGAAGAGUUACGAACACUUGCUGGGAAGCAACAGCUUAAAGGAAAGGGCAAAAAAGACAGAAAAUAUAAUGGCCAUAUCGAAAAUAAACCACUUACCAUUCCCAAAGAUAUUGACCUUCAUUUAGAAACUAGGGCUGUUACUGAAGUUGACACUUUAGGACUCCAUUAUUUUCCUGAGUAUCAAUGGCUAGUAGACUUUACUGUUGCCGCUACUGUGGUUUACUUGAUAACUGAAGCUUAUUACAGCUUUGUGGUACCUUCACAAGAGAUGAAUAUCAGCAUCGUUUGGUGUAUGCUGGUUCUGGCCUUUGCAAUCAAAGUGUUGUUCUCCCUGACAACUCAUUACUUUAAAGUGGAAGAUGGUGGCGAGAGAUCUGUCUGUGUUACAUUUGGAUUCUUUUUCUUUGUCAAAGCCAUGGCAAUUCUUAUUGUGACGGAGAACUACUUGGAAUUUGGCCUAGAGACCGGCUUUUCAAAUUUUAGUGAAAGUGCUGUUAAGUUCCUGCAGAAACAGGGAUUGGAGUCUCAAGGUCCAGUGUCAAAACUUACAUUUAAACUAUUUCUGGCAGUUUUGUGUUCUCUCAUUGGAGCUUUCCUGACAUUCCCUGGUUUGCGACUGGCUCAGAUGCACCUUGACGCACUGAACUAUACAAAAGAAACCACAACACAAUUUUUGCUACAUAUAAACUUUUUGUCUCCUUUACUAAUGGUUUUGCUGUGGGUGAAACCUAUAACCAAAGAUUAUAUUCUGAAUCCACCCUUGGGCAAAGAAAGUGUACCUCUAAUGACUGAGGACACCUUUGAUACGGUUCGGCUUUGGAUCAUCAUUCUGUUCUGCGGUUUAAGGUUGAUAAUGAUGAGGCAUCAUAUGCAAGCAUAUUUAAAUCUGGCCCAGAAAUGUGUGGAUCAAAUGAAGAAGGAAGCUGGGAGGAUAAGCACCAAAGAAUUACAGAAGAUGGUGGCUCAAGUAUUUUAUUACCUUUGUGUUAUUGCACUGCAGUACGUGGCCCCUCUGGUGAUGCUGCUUCACACAACACUGCUUCUGAAAACACUAGGUAACCAUUCAUGGGGCAUCUAUGAGUCUCCUGUGGAGGCAGCACAAGGGUCAAACUCAGGUUUUUCCGAACAGCCCUGCCCUGAAGAAAAGAUGAAGGCUACAGUCACCCAAAUUACAGUGGCACUAGGGGGCUUGAAGAACAUUUUCACUCCACUCCUCUUUCGAGGACUCUUAUCAUUUUUGACAUGGUGGAUCGCAGCUUGCCUUUUCUCCACCAGCCUUUUUGGCUUGUUUUAUCAUCAGUAUUUAAUAGUGGCAUAGUUUGGUGAAUUUAUAUCUGUAACCAUAACAUGGACCAAGUUGGAGACAGCUGCAACAGCUAGAGCACACACGGUUCUGCAGCACCCUGUCUUGUAUCAAUGUUUUCUCUGUAUUCUCAGGGUAAAUAUUGUAUCAAAUCACUGUCGUGAGCUUAAUCUUCAUUACCUCAGAGGAAGAAGACCUAACUGCUGAUCGCUCAUAAAGAUAGUUUUGUUUUUUUAAUGACUGUAAGAGAUGCUCCUAUAAAGACAUCAUCUUCGACUAGCGGUCCUUGCACUCACAUUCUUAAUUGUUGUUUUCCUCUCUCACCAAGUACGGAUAGCAAAUCUUUUUUUUUAAAAUCUUUCGUUAUAGAUCUGAGCCAUACGAAGAAAAGGCUUGAAGGUGACUAAUAAAUAAUUUCUGCUGGGCCCGUCCAUUUUUAGUGACGCAAGGUCCAGCAGCACAGAAUGUAUUACUACUGUAUAUUACAGUAAAUGUAUGUCAACAACUGUGUGUAAUUUGGUGACCUUUUAUGUGCCUGGGGACAUGUGUGGCGCGUGUGUGUGCAUGGGAGAAUAACAAAAUGGAAUUCUGUUCUGUACAAUAGUUUUUACAUCACUGAAUACAUAAACAUUCAACAAGUGAUGGUGCUAGUACUUGCUCGUAGGACUGCGUGUAAGGGUUAUGCUUGCAAUAAAUAAAAUAAAUCACUUUUGUUAAGGCUGAAUUUGUAAGUCACUCCAGUGAUCACCAUAA